AUCAUGUCACCGUGGAGAUGUACCACUCCGCCAGGCGGCGCUGCAGCCAGGAGAGCUGCCCGGAACAGCGCCCCCUCCUGGGCGGUUUCAGCACUGCGCCCAGCGCCACCAACUCCUCCUGGCAGGUCCUCAAUGUCACUGCGAUGCUCACACACUGGAUCCGCCCAGGGGGCAGCAGGCGGGGGCAGACUGGGCAAGUGGACAGCAGUCAGCAGACGCUGUGCCGAAGGGUGGACAUGUGGGUGGACUUUGACCUGAUUGGCUGGAAGGAAUGGAUCAUGUACCCCAAGCGCUACAAUGCCUUCCACUGCGAGGGACAGUGUCCCCGCCUGCUGAACAAGAGCUUCAGACCCAGCAACCACGCCUGCAUGCAGGUGAGCACGCCUUAGCUAGUCCUUUCAUACGUCAGUUAGGGGAUACGUUUGUAGUUUACAGUGGUUUUAGACAGUAUGUGGUGAUGUCAGGCAGCUGUGAGCCGGUUUGGGCUGCAUUGUGACUCUCUCCCGCUCCCACAGACUAUGCAGACACCAAACGCAGACAGCACAGACUGCGCAGACACCAAACGCAGACAGCACAGACUGCGCAGACGCCAAACGCAGACAGCACAGACUGCGCAGACGCCAAACGCAGACAGCACAGACUGCGCAGACGCCAAACGCAGACAGCACAGACGGC